AUGGCUGUGUCAGGUGUGUGGUCUGUCGUGUUGUGUUGUUGUACCUUCAGAUACUACUACGCUCCUGACGCCGCUGCCUCCCUCGACCCUAUGCGGCCGACGCCGGCGCUCGCCGCCGGCCGACGCACGGUAGCAAGUUUCCUAUCCUCCACGGAAUGGAUGCUUCCGUCUCCGGCCACCCGAGUCCACACCAUCUCCGUCCUUCCCUCUCGUCCCGAGUUCACCUUCUCCAACCUCACGCCGCCGCUCAGUAAUGGCGGCGGCAACGGGGGAGAGACUGGCAAUCCUAGGUUCCAGAUAGUACGGGACGACCUCCUCCACCCGCUCGCCAACGGCAACAAGGCGCGCAAGCUCGACGCCCUCCUGCCCGUCCUCCGCCACUGCGGCGCUACUGACAUCGUCCGUCCAUCUCGUUACAUGUGGGGGUUGCCAGAGCGCCCAUGCCGCAGCCAUCGAGAUGAGAUGCUUUAUGAGCAUGCCAUAAAGGUUGCAGGAUCUAGUGGCACAGUGAUGUGGGCAGAUGAAGUUAUAGGAAAGGAUUUGGGUGUAGACACCAUUGAUGGAAAUGGUUCAAGAAGAGUAAUGAUUGUUAAGGAAGGGGCAGGUAGUGUUCAAGCACUGCUUGGUGUCAUGCGGCUACUGGAGUAUCUUUCUGGUUUGACAUUGUUUGGAAAGGAUGAGAAAGUUCAUAUGGUUGUAGAUUCUGGAACAGGCACAACAGCUGUGGGGUUAGCUCUUGGAGCGGUAUGUCUAGUACUCCCGUGGAGGGUUACCGGUGUUAUGCUUACUGACACACUUGAAAGAUAUAAACAACGAGAGAGAUCUCUUGUAUCUGAUUUUGAGAGGGUUUUCCCAGAAAUCUACCAUGGAAUGGUGGAAGAUGCUACUCAUGACAAUCUAGUUCAAUGGGUGGAGCGCUUUUCACCUAGAAGAUUUGGCAAGGUGCUGGAUGGUGAAAUCGCAAUGUGCCGCCAGGUAGCUCAACAGACAGGUAUCCUGCUGGAUCCGAUGUACACCUUGGCUUCCUGGGAGCAAGCUGUUGAUCUUUGCUGUGGAGACAGUGAAGACAAGGAUGAUUAUCUAGACUGCUUUGGCGAUCCGGAUGUCAUCGGCAGGGAAAAUUACGGGAAAUCAGAUCCUGCUUGUGUAGCAGAAGUGAAGGCUCUGUACAAAGAAUUGGGUCUUCAGAGGGCUUUCGCUAAGUAUGAAAGGGAGAGUUACGAAAAGUUGACUUCAGACAUUGAAGCACUACCCAGUGAAACGCCGUUGGAACGAUUCUACAACCCCGACUCUGGUACUAUCUCAUUGGAUGGAGUAGAGAUCAAAAGCCUAAAAGUCACUUGGUUAAGGGACCAAAUGGGUCUGGUGGGCCAAGAGCCUAUUCUCUUCAUUGACACAAUCCGUGCCAACAUAGCUUAUGGGAAACAUGGGGAGGUCACUGAGGAGGAGCUCAUCAAGGUCGCAAAGGCAGCCAAUGCACAUGAGUUCCUAUCAAGCCUUCCCCAGGGGUAUGACACCACUGUUGGAGAGAGGGGGGUUCAGCUAUCUGGUGGCCAGAAGCAGAGGGUAGCCAUAGCAAGGGCCAUACUAAAAGAUCCUAGGAUUCUACUUCUCAACGAGGCAACGAGUGCCUUGGAUGCUGAGUCUGAGCGCAUAGUGCAGGAUGCCUUGUGGCACACCGCCUCUCGACGAUCAAAAGUGCUGAUAUUAUCGCAGUCCUCAAGGAUGGUGUGA